UCUGGCUGCUGAUCAUAUGUUGCCGGUCCCUCUAUCCACUGUCUGCGUAGGAGCGUUUUAUCAUCUGACUGUCGGCGUCUGCUGCUUGAGUUUAAAGGGCAAGAGUGUUCAUCAUUCUCUAUGCUCAGAGAGAAAACUUUGAACAUUUCAGAGUUUUGAGGAGGAUUUCUAGAACCCAAGGAGUUUAGCCCGCGUCAUAAAACUUCGCCUGAAAACUCGCCACAGCAUAAUUUCCGCGUUACUCAUGGAUAUAAAAAGUUUACCAGGUGGGAAGUCAACCGCUGUUUUUGCAUCCGAUUUACUGUAAUUGAAAGAUGACGUUUUGUCCAGAAUUAUUGAGGAGUUUCAGCUCUUGAAAGCCGAUUGGUGUGUGUGGGAGUGAAAGAGAUGGUGCGGUUCGGAGCCGAUAGCUGACGGAGCCAAUAGCUGACGGAGCUGAUAGCUGACGGAGCUGAUAGCCGACGGAGCUGAUAACUGACAGAGCCGAUAGCUGACGGAGCUGAUAGCCGACGGAGCUGAUAACUGACAGAGCUGUAGCAGGAUGAGAUGAGAGAGGAUGGAACACAUGGACAGCCCCGCCUCCCACAGCAACGACCCCAACGGGUUUGUCAAUAAAGUCUUCAACGUGUCUCUGGAUGUGCAGAAUGAAACUGGCACCGUAUCUAUCCAGGAGACUGGGAAGGGAGAGGGUCAUGGAGAAGGUCCGGGGCCAGGCCAAGCCCAGAGAGAGUGGCAGGAGGCUGGGGAUAGACAGACAGACACCCAGGCACCCCCUCAGACACCUGGAAAGGAGCGCCCGGAGGUCAACCGUAGAACAAGAGCGACUGGGGGCAUCUGGAAGAUCUUGACCCGGCGUAGAGUGGCCUCAGAGCUGGAUAACAGAAGACCUCACUCCAUGAUCCUCCCUGGAGAGGAGGCCUUCAUCCCUAAACUGUCCUUCGCUGACAAGGUCCGCUCCAUCAAGAAGCUCCGCUCUCCGGGUGUCUUCAAGGGGAGGGUGGGGAAGAUGUCUGGGUCCAGCACUAAGUUCAGAGAUGGAGAGAUGGAGGACGACUCGUUCUGCCGGGACUUCCUCCCCUCACCCGGCCUGCACCCCUGUAGGAGCACACUCCGCCACCGUGCAAAGAGGCAUUCGUAUGCCGGACACACCGCCGAGUUCGACUGCUCAUUUGAGGACAUUGAUCUGACAGCUACCCUGGACAGACACCAUCUUCACGCACUAGUGGAGCCUCUUACACAGAACGGCUCUAAGCCCACAGAGAGAAUCUCCUACUCCAAGAGACCUCAGGUCCAGGCGCAGGCUCAGGCCAACCACUCCUCUAACUGUAACAGUACCUCAGCAGGAGUGUGUGAGGAGCAGAGUGUGAGGGGCAGCCCCAAGGUCCAGCUGGGUGGGAAGAGAUCUAAGAGAGCUGACGUGUGGAGUUACCUGAGGAGGAUCUCUGUCCUGGGGAAGGGGAACCCGGCUUACUCAGAGAGGAGUUUUGACUCAGAGCUCCACACACUGGACAAGACCAUGGACUCUGACUACGGCUCGGUGGACUUCGAGAGCGUCAGGGACUUUCAACCAGCGGCUCCAAAGCACUCUGACAGCAAAGGCGGACAUUUUGGGGGUCUGAUUAAGUUCUUCAGCAACGUUGCGGAGACGGCUAGAAAAUGGCGGACGUCUUCGCGCUCCUUCUCUCCUCCAGAGGAGGGAGGGGAGCGGUCGCUGCUGGGCUCCCCCAGAGCAGGGCAGCAUCUGGGGGACUACGUCCACAGUGUGUCCCUAACCCUCCGCAGUGAGGACCACCCAGAAUGUCCCCCAACACCCGCCUCACCCCUGACCCCUCACCCCCCUCGCUCCCCUGCCUGUGACCCUGCCUCACCCCCUCCUCUAAUAGGCAGACGGUCUCCUCAGGUGAUGCUGAAGGCAUGGAGGGUGAGUCCGGACUCACCAAGCGUUAACGGCCUGGUGUGUGUGACCUCAUUGGAGACGGACAGACAGAUGGACAGACAGACAGAGAGACAGACGGACAGACAGACGGACAGACAGACAGAGAGACAGACGCGGCACACGUCUGUAGCCACAGUAGAGAAUCACGAGCCACACUCAAGGCUGGAGAGAGAGACUCAGAAAGAGAGAGAGACAGAGGUAGACAGAGAUCCCUUAGAAUGUCUGUCUACAGUGGAAGAGAGAGAAAGCGAGGGAGGGGAGGGAGGAGAGGGACAUUCAGGAAAUUACCUGGAUUCCAAGGAUGCUCUAACUGUCUCAGAGCAGACACACCUUCCAAACGGCCAAUCAGAGUUACGGGAAGGAGAGAUCGUAGCCACUAGGGAACCAGCAGGAAACUGCCACCUAGAAGUAUUUAAGGCCCUGUCUCGUCCCCUGGGGGCAUCACCUUUAGAGCCCCCCCUCAGAGUGUCUCUUCAGAGGUGUCACUCCCUCCCUCUCCCCCCCAGCAUCCUCACCACUCUGGCCCUGUUCCCGGGACACACAGCAGACUCCCAGUCAUCCUCAGUGUGUCUUGGUGAUGGAGAGGCUGGCAGCUGCAGGAGGAGACUGCUCAGAACAGGCUCUGGUCCACUACAAGUCAACAUCUUGAUAAGUGGAGGAUCUAUCGUCAGCGCUGAGGCAGUAUGGGACCAUGUGACCAUGGCCGACCGAGAGUUGGCGUUUAAGGCCGGUGAUGUCAUCAAGGUGCUGGACGCGUCCAAUAAGGACUGGUGGUGGGGUCAGAUCGACGAGGAGGAGGGCUGGUUCCCCGCCAGCUUCGUACGGCUAUGGGUGAACCAGGAGGAUGGGGGGGUGGAGCCUGUGGAGGGGACCAGUGAAAUGGCUAACGGUCACCUGGAUCCGACCAACGACUGCCUGUGCCUGGGCUCGCCGCUUCAGAACCGUGACCAGAUGAGAGCCAACGUCAUCAAUGAGAUUAUGAGCACAGAGAGACACUACAUCAAACACCUCAAGGACAUCUGUGAGGGCUACCUGCGUCAGUGUAGGAAGAGGGUAGACAUGUUUAACGAUGACCAGCUGAGGGUGAUCUUUGGGAACAUCGAGGACAUCUACCGUUUCCAGAUGGGCUUCGUUAGAGACCUGGAGAAACAAUACAACAACGAGGAACCACACCUGUCUGAGAUAGGACCCUGCUUUCUAGAACAUCAAGACGGCUUCUGGAUCUACUCUGAGUACUGUAACAACCACCUGGACGCCUGUAUGGAGCUGUCCAAGCUGAUGAGAGACGGGAGGUACCAGCACUUCUUCGAGGCCUGCCGUCUGCUGCAGCAGAUGAUCGACAUCGCUAUCGACGGCUUCCUCCUCACACCCGUACAGAAGAUCUGCAAAUACCCCCUGCAGCUGGCCGAGCUGCUCAAAUACACUGCACAGGAACACAGUGACUAUCGCUACGUGGCGGCGGCGCUGGCGGUGAUGCGUAACGUCACUCAGCAGAUCAAUGAGAGGAAGAGGAGGCUGGAGAACAUUGACAAGAUCGCCCAAUGGCAGGCCUCCGUCCUAGACUGGGAGGGUGAUGACAUCCUGGACCGGAGCUCGGAGUUGAUCUAUACAGGAGAAAUGUCUUGGAUCUACCAGCCUUAUGGACGCAGUCAGCAACGGGUCUUCUUCCUCUUUGAUCACCAGCUGGUCCUCUGUAAGAAGGACCUGAUUCGUAGGGACAUCCUGUACUAUAAGGGCCGUAUCGACAUGGACCGCUAUGACGUGCGGGACGCCAUCGACGGUCGCGAUGACGACUUCAACGUGAGCGUGAAGAACGCGUUCAAAUUGCACAACAAAGACAGCGAGGAGCUCCACAUCUUCCUGUCCAAGAAACAGGAGGAGAAGAUGCGAUGGCUCCGGGCUUUCCACGAGGAGAGAAAGAUGGUGCAGGAGGAUGAGAAAAUCGGGUUUGAGAUCUCAGAGUACCAGAAGCGUCAGGCAGCUCUGACCGUGAGGAAGGUAUCUAAACAGAAAGGUGUGAACAGAUGCGUGCCCCCCUACCCCCCUCCCCAGGACCCCCUACCCCUGGGACAGUAUGACUUAACAGAGGACUUGGCACAAGCAGAGGUUUUUGAAUUCAGUCAAUCAAAACGAGGCCAAAACGAGGUCUCUUUUCUGGCACGACAAUUCUACUAGAUUAACACCUUUUAAGAAAUAGAGAAACAGACUCUUUCCAAGGACCAUCUAUUUUUUUCUGAGAAACACUCAAACUAAAUUGUUUGGAAGAUUACAUCAUCGUCCUGUGAAGAAGAAUUGACGACGAAAAAAAGAACCACUGAAGGAAGGACCAAUGAUGUUUCAUUGUGAGUAGUCACCCAGGAGACUGGAGAACUAUGGAUUGUAACUUCUUCACUUCAUUCUAACUGUUCUUAGUUCUGAGUUCCAAUGCUUCUCUCCUUCAGUAGACACUACUGUUCCAUACUGAACUGUACUGUACAGGAAUCUACUACUACAUCCCUCAACCCCACCAUCGCCAUCUGAAUGUCCUGGAUUCAUGGAGAUAGCUUUUAUUUGGUUCUUUUCAGGCUCUGGCGUUUUUCCAUAUUUGAAGUAAGCAUAUUUAAUGUUUCUUUACCAGAACUAGUGAGUCCACCUACCUACAGUACAGUAUAACUGUGUAGAUGACAGGUGUUGUGUUGAUGUGUGUGUCUGUGAGGAUUAUGUUGUUGUGAUUGUGGCCUGAGGUGCACUGUAAUAAUGAGGCUGAGGUGGCAUCCUAUUUCCUACAUAGUGGGGUAGGGUGCCACUUUGACAGACAGGAGAGCUGUUGGCUGGUUCCGAUGUUUCUCAGAAGUUCUGUUGUCAGCAUCACCUGUCCCAUCAAAGACUGGUCAGACCAUCUCUCUCUCUCUCUGUCUCUCUCUCUGUCUCUCUCUCUUUUCUCUAUCCCCUCUGUCUAUCUUUCUGAAAUAAACAGUACAAAAUUAACAGUAAACAAUACACUCGCGAAAGGAAUAGAGACAUUUCAUAUGUCAUAUUAUGUCUAUAUACAGUGUUGUAAUGAUGUGCAAAUAGUCUCUCUCUCUUCUCUUUACCCUGUAUC